AUGGCCGACGACACAGAAUCAGCAUCAGGAACCGCGGCGGGAGGAGGAGCUGGCGGAGGCACCGGUGGGAGUCAACAAACGAACACCUCCAAGCCCCGACACAAGAGGACGCGCACCGGCUGUCUAAAGUGUCGGAUCCGACGGCGCAAAUGCGACGAAGGCAAACCACGCUGCCAGCGAUGCAUCGACGGGAAUUUCGAUUGCCAGUAUGGUCCUCGAUUGACCUUUUUAAACAAAAAUGCGUUGACCGUCUCGCCUUCGCCGAGGGCACCUGAAGCGGCGGCGACGACGCCGAAGUACUCGAGGCUUCAGUUUGUCAGCCCAGGAGCAUCAAAACAGGGUGCAAAAGAAGCGUCGCCUUCAUCUCCGGCUCAGAAGCAUCAAAAUCCUACCGUCGCAAAGGAUGCGCCGUCACUACCGCCGCCGCCGCCGCCGCUACCACCUUCAGCGCAAACGCCGACCGUAUUAACGUUCCAAGCGCACCCGCUGCCAUCUGAGCCACCGACUCCGAAGCCGAAUCCCAUCGAACCGAGCAUCGCACCUAAUCAACAACCCCCGCCGACACAAUGGCGUGCGCCGAGUCUCGGGCAUGAGAGCUUGUCAUCUCCGGUGCGGAAUCUAGACAUCGCAGGCAAGGUGAACGGCGCGUUGCCUGUCAACGACGCAGCAUAUGAGACUGCGCUCAAUGUCUUACUGUCACUUGGUAGCGAAGGCACGAAUGGCCUCGGCCAAUCGCCCGAACAUGGUUCCGGGGCAUUUGCGAUCAGCACAGAUGGAAUCGGCUUGAGUCCCAGAGAUCUGAUUAUAUCCCAGGACAGGUUACUGCAGCUGCUGCGUCAUUUCAGGUACCAAGUUGCGCCUUGGCUUGACCUCUGCGACAUGGGCCAGACUUUCGGCCUAUAUGUUCCCCGCCUCGCAAUCGAGUCUGAGGGUGUCCUUCAUGCUCUUCUAGCGGUGGCAGCAACUGUUCAACAGGCGGACUUGCGAACGAUUUCCAACGAUGUCGAAUACCUCAAAUCUCUAGCUGGGAAUGUGUCAAUGGAGCAUAAUGGCGUCCAAUCUAUCAGUGACGGAGAACUUGUUCACUUGACUCUGUCAACGGCGUGCCGAUUUAUCGCAAAUAUUCCAAAUGGCUGGAAUGAACUUCCCAUCGUCACCGGCGAUAACUUCUGGGCAAUGACGCUUGCCGAAGCAAAACUCGCCGCAGCCCUCGUAACCGGUUCGCCCAUAUCCGUCCCCGAACAGCUCAACUACAACCCCAUGUCCCAGCAAUGGAACACCUCCUCCCCGGUCGCAGAGAAAAUAUUCCAAAACACGAUCGAGCCGCUCCUCCUCUGCGCCAAAGUCGUCAACUUCUGCGCCGGCAGCUUCCCGCCCCAGACGCCCGACCUCGGCGUGCCCCUGACCCCCGUCCACCGCUGGACGAUGCUCAACGACGCGCUGAACGCGUGGUACACCAACCGGGCGCAGGAGUUCCGGCCGAUGGUCGAGAUCGACGGCGACGAGAACCUGUUCCCCACGAUCCUCUUCACCAACGGCGCCGCCGUCUUCGCGAACCAGCUCUACCACACCGCCAUGCUCCUCCUGUUGCAGAACAAGCCGCGCACGCUGCAGGCGGCGGGGAAGAAGUCGUCGUCCAUGUCGCCGCUGUGGCACGCCCAGCGCGUAUGUGGUAUCGCCCUGAAUAAUGACCGGAGGGACAGCUGGGACUUGUGUCUUGUCGCGUCGCUGUAUCUCGCGGCGCAGCGCAUGACGUAUGAGCCGCAACAACGCGCCAUACUGGAGUGCUUUGAUCGUGUCAAGUCGUUGACGGGCUGGAACGUGGACGGGUUCUCGGCCAAGGUCCGGGAGGAUUGGGGGUUGAUGUAG